AUGGCUUGCCGUGGCAAAUUGGGCACAAAGGAUAGGCUGAGAAAGUUUGGAUUGAUAACUGAUCGUGUAUGCAGCCUAUGCAAUGCUUGUGAUGAGACACUUGAUCACCUAAUGUUUGACUGCAGAUUUGCAAAGGAAAUAUGGAAGUAUGUUCUACAGUGGGUAGGAAUUCUGCAUGAUCCUCAACCAUGGUCCACUGAGAUUGGUUGGCUUACCCGUAUGAUUGGAAAGAAAGGCUGGCGAUUUAUGGUCCUAAAGAUAGCUCUGGCUGAAACCAUUUAUGGUGUUUGGCAAUAUAGGAAUGAUAUAAUUUUUAGGGAAAAUACUUAUAGAAGUACAAGUAUAGAAAUUGGAGAUAGAAUCAUAGAGAAAGUGAUGUAUAGAGGGUGGUAUUUACCCAAAUUAAGGAAGCACAUAGCUACCUUAAUGUGUUAG